AACGUUUGUGUGUAUGUUAAAAUUUAAUUUCGUCAGGGGUCGCAUUGGUCACUAAUGCUGAUGUAAGAGAGUAAGAAGAGCAAAGAUAUAAAUUUGUAUGUACAAAUCUUAUUUGCGAUGAAAUUACUCUCAAAGGAAAUUGAUAAGGAGGGAACCGGAAGUGUGUCCAUUAUUCCUGAGGAAUCCGAGGACAUGUGGCAUGCAUAUAAUCUUGUAGCAGAAGGAGACAGCCUCAGAGCCUCAACCAUUAGAAAGGUGACAACAGAAUCCUCAACGGGUAGUGUGGGCAGCAACCGUGUUCGAACAACACUUACCGUUAGAGUAGAAAAUGUAGACUUUGACACCCAAGCAUGUGUUUUACGGGUAAAAGGCAGAAACAUACAAGAAAACCAGUAUGUUAAGGUAUAA